CCUUACUGAUAAUGCUCUCGUUUUAGAUAACGGUGCCGCUUUGAUUUAAUUCUCAGAAAUCAGCGGCAGCAACUACUUUAGCCAGCGUUGAUCGCGUUUAAACUGCGUUUAGAGAAGUCGGCAGCUGUUGUCGUUACACAUAAAGCAACGUCAGCAGUCAGUGAGGCUGUGCUGUGUCUACGUUACUGUCAGUGAACGCAUCACCGCUCUCUGUGUGAGCCAAUGACUUCCAUCUGCUCUGUGUCACAUACAGCUCCCAGGGCUGCAAGCAUGGACCAAGAAAACAACUCGGAGGACGAUUCAAUCGGCCCUUCGGGGGACGGAAUGCCGUGUCUACCUCCAGAUCUUUCGGAUGGUGAAGCAGUGGAGUUGCUUUGGCAGUUGCGAGCCCAGCGCCGCCAGUCGUCUCCUGAACUCCCAGAGACGGUGUCUCGUCUUACUGCACCAGAUGGAAGCAUCUUAUACCUGGUGGGCACUGCCCAUUUCAGUGAUAGCAGCAAAAAGGACGUAGCCACGACGAUCCGAGCUGUGCAGCCAGACGUGGUCGUGGUGGAGCUGUGCCAGUAUAGGGUAUCGAUGUUGAAGAUGGACGAGAAUACGCUGUUAAAGGAAGCCAAAGACAUCAAUCUGGAUAAGGUUCAGCAGGCUAUCAAACAGUGGCAGAAGGCCCGUCUGGCCUGGGGUCUUUGCUUUCUGUCAGACCCAAUCAGUAAAGAGGAUGUGGAGAAGUGCAAACAGAAGGACCUGCUUGAGCAAACAAUGUCAGAGAUGAUUGGAGAGUUUCCUGCUCUCCACAAAACCAUCGUGGCUGAAAGAGACAUCUACCUCACACACACUCUCCGACAGGCUACUCGCUGUGUGGAGUCGCCCCCUAAUGACCAGAAAGUGCCUGCUGUGGUGGUGGGAGUCGUAGGGAUGGGUCACGUCCCUGGCAUAGAACGAAACUGGGACAAGCAGCUUAAUAUUAAUGAAAUCAUGAGUGUCGCACCUCCCUCACGCGUCGGCUGGGUGUUGUGCGCUGUCAUAAAGGGCGUCAUGAUGGGAAUGCUGGGAUAUGCCUGUUAUCGUGUCGGUGGAAGUUUAGGUAGAGCCCUGCUGUCUUUACCUCCAGUCCGAUCUUUACUGGAGACACUGCGGCCUCUUCCUGCUUGACCCAACUGGUCUUCUCUAAGCCAUCUGUGAAACAGAAUUAUGAUCUAUUAAAACAAUGCAUCCAUCACCAAUGGCCUUAAAAUCAGGUGUCAGGUGAGGCUGGAGGAAGAGGGUUCACCAGCCCAUAUUGUGAACUAACAAGGACCUAAUGGAGUUCAGAGCUCCCCACUUUAUAAUGAUGUCUCUGUAGACACAACAGGGCUGUACUGCCAAAGAAACCAUGACAGUACUCUUGAGUACCUUGCAUAUUUUGUGCAA